AGCCUAGGCGGCCGGCCCCCGCCCCCAGCCCCUAAUUGGCUCAUUUGCCGCUGUGUAAACAAGGGCGCAGCCCCUCCCCCUGUUUAGUGCACUGCCUUUAGGAAAACGAGUGCUCCCUUCUGCCGGCGGCACUCGUUAUCUGAAUCUUAAUGAGGUCAUUAGCAUCCCAUGCCUCUGACGGGGAGGGACGUGGUCGGCACACACCUCGUUUGGACCUGUCCGCAGUCCCUGGACCCCCGCAUCCACUGCGCCUUGCGCAGGGCCGCGGGCCAAGGCUGUGGUCGCCAGUGCCAGCGACCCAGCCGGGAGCUGCCGCCUCCCCGACAUAGGGGGGCGGCAGUCCAGAGAACGGCAGGAGCAGCUGAUGGGAUAUCGGAAGAGAGGGCCAAAGCCCAAACCUCUGGUGGUGCAGGUACCUACCUUCGCCCGUCGCUCCAAUGUGCUGACCGGACUGCAGGACUCCUCUGCGGACAACCGAGCCAAGCUGGAGCUGGGAGCUCAGGGGAAGGGCCAGGGGCAUCAGUACGAGCUUAACAGCAAGAAGCACCACCAGUACCAGCCACACAGCAAGGAGCGGGCAGGCAAGCCCCCACCUCCCGGCAAGAGCGGCAAAUACUACUACCAGCUGAACAGCAAGAAGCAUCACCCCUACCAGCCCGACCCCAAGAUGUACGACCUGCAGUACCAGGGAGGCCACAAGGAGGCGCCCAGCCCCACCUGCCCGGACCUGGGCGCCAAGAGCCACCCUCCCGACAAGUGGGCCCACAGCGCAGGAGCCAAGGGCUAUCUGGGAGCCGUGAAGCCACUGGCCGGUGCGGCCGGCACUCCAGGCAAGGGGUCCGAGAAGGGUCCCCCCAACGGGAUGACGCCGGCCCCCAAGGAGGCGGUGACGGGCAACGGGAUUGGGGGCAAGAUGAAGAUAGUCAAGAACAAGAACAAGAACGGCCGCAUCGUGAUCGUGAUGAGCAAAUACAUGGAGAAUGGUAUGCAGGCCGUGAAGAUCAAGUCCGGGGAGGCGGCAGAGGGCGAGGCCCGCUCCCCCAGCCACAAGAAGCGCGCCACGGAGGAGCGCCAUACCCCGGCUGACAGGACUUUCAAAAAGGCACCAGGAGCCGAGGAGAAGAAGGCAGAUGCGCCCUCCAAGAGGAGGGAGGAGGAGGCCCCCGGGGCCGGUGACCCACAGCCCCAGGACGCCAGCUCCCGCAAGCUCUCCCCGACCAAGGAGGCCUUCGGAGAGCAACCCUUGCAACUCACAACCAAGCCUGACCUGCUGGCCUGGGACCCGGCCCGGAGCGCGCACCCGCCCUCCCACCACCACCACCACCACCACCACCAUCACCACCACCACCACGCGGUCGGCCUAAAUCUGUCCCACGCGCGCAAGCGCUGCCUCUCCGAGACCCACGGCGAGCGGGAGCCCUGCAAGAAGCGCUUGACCGCGCGGAGCAUCAGCACCCCCACCUGCCUGGGCGGUAGCCCGGCAGCCGAGCGCCCUGCAGAUGUACCCCCCACCGCCACCACCGCCCUCCCGCAGCCGGAGGUCAUCCUGCUGGACUCGGAUCUGGACGAGCCCAUAGACUUGCGCUGCGUCAAGACACGCGGCGAGGCUGGGGAGCCGCCCAGCGCCCUUCAAGUGAAGCCCGAGGCGCCUGCUGCUGCUGCGGCGGCGGCGGCGGCGGCAGCUGCGCCAGCGACAGCGGCCGAGAAGCCUCCGGCCGAGGCCCAGGACGAGCCCGAGGAGCCGCUGAGCGAGUUCAAGCCCUUCUUUGGGAAUAUAAUUAUCACCGACGUCACCGCGAACUGCCUCACCGUCACGUUCAAGGAGUACGUGAUGGUGUAGCCGGAGGCCUCGGAAGGGGAAGGGCCGUCCUGCGGAGGCUUAACACCUGGGGCCAGGGCGUGGACCUCUCUUCCUGCCGACCACGGGAGAUCCCGGCCGGCCCCCAGCCCCAGGACGCUGGAAUCGCCGAGCGCGUCCUUCCGCGUCCCGCUGUCCGGUCCUGGCUGGGGCGCCCGGCCAGCCCCUGCCCCGCACGGGCCCCUUCCGCGCGGUGCCUGCGUAUCCCGCCCCCCAUCUGCCCCAUCCUCGCGUGGGACCUCCGGGACUGACAGGGCAGCCACGCGCGGCGGUCUCAGAGUUAUAGUAUUAUAUUUUACCCGUGCUAACUUGUCAAGUGCAGACUUUACUCCCGUUUGUACGUGGUGUUAUUAUUGAAAUGUAUUGUUUGAGCGCAAAAGGCCCCACCACCCUCUUCGGGCUGAUAUAUAUAUAUUUAUUUGUAGGUAUUUAUAUAUUGAAAUAUAAAAACCUAGAUUUAUGGAGUUUCCUCUAGAUCACGUUAUAUUCUAUACCAAACUAUUUUCUGUUGACCUUUCUUCCCGUUCAUUCAGUAUUUCGGUUGAUUUCAUUUCCUCCCCUUCCAGGAACUGCGAUACCGGUAACCUUGGUAUAUAUUUUUUGAUACUGUACACAUGGAUGUGUUGUUUCUAUGUGCAAAAAAAAAAAAAAAGUUUGUUAAAAGGCUAAACGAGCUCUUUAGAAACUGCUGCUACUAGAAAUGUCUAAACUAUAAGCUUCCAAUUAUUACCUGCUUGAAUGUAAAUAUUAAAUGGAGAUGUUGAAGGUGCA